AUGACCUCUCACACUAUCUUUUGCUUUUCCUUUUUCAGCUCGACUUUUGAGCUGUUUAGGAAGCCAGGCAGGAUUUUGUGGAAUCGACACUUCAACCACCUUGCUACGUGUUUCAAUGGUGUGAAUAACGAAGAGCUAGCCGAAGGAAAUUUGGAGAACUUUUUCGAGAUCUUGCGAGCAGUUGUACUUAAGAAGCUGAACGUAUGGCGAGACGUCAUAGCCUUCUUAGAGUUCGAUUUCAUUCCUGUGUGUUUGUUGAAGAUAUCUAAGGAGAUAUGCACACUACUAGUUGACUUCCUGCUUACUCUUGCCCAUGAUCUGGAGACACUGGACGCUGAAGAUUUCCCGCUGAACGCUCUCCACGCAACAUCAACUUUCGAGCGAUUUUUGUUGAAGCAAGACGAAGAAAUUAUUACCGAGAAAAGAGUAAUCUGGAGCGGUAAAACGAGGAUAGCAAUAGGGAGAGCUUUGGAAGACCUUCGAAGGUAUCAUUUUGACCCUGAUAGGGCCAUGCUCCUUCCAUCAAAGAAAAAGCGUGUCAUGGUCGAAGGCAGCACUGUUACUAAAGAAGACGAAGUGAUCCAGAAGACUGAAACCGUCGAAGACGAAGUUGAAGUAGUCGAAGACUGA